AUGUCCAUGUACCCAUAUACCAUGGGCUCCGCAGCACUUAAAACUACCACCGAAAUCACCAUCGCAAGAACUAAUCCCGUAUUCCCCAGCACGGCCAUCGUUAGCGCGCAUGUUUUGCGAUUUAUAGAGAAAUUCGAGUAG